AUGAUGCCUGUAAAUGAGGAAGAAGACGAUAAGAAAGGUGACGCAGAUGGGGAACUACCAUCUCGCACUGCACAGAAGAACUCGAGCCACUCCAAUACGGUCAAAGAUUCAAAGAAGUCAAGUGGAGAAGAUGCAAUUGUAAGAUGGUCUUUCUCAAGUUUAUAUGAAGAGGAUGAAGAGAAGGGAUUGAGGAGAACGCUCAGUUUGAAGAACGCCAUUACAAUGACGAUGGGCGGAGUGAUUGGUGCAGGAUUAUUUGUCGCCCCUACGGGCGUUCAACGAGCUGCUGGCUCAGUCGGCGCGUCAAUCAUAAUAUGGUUUAUAUGUGGAGUAUGGUGUUUUCUUGGUUCGUGUAUCUAUGCCGAACUCGGUAUUAUGAUUCCAAAGUCGGGCGGUGACUAUGCUUACCUUAUGGAAGCAUUUGGACCCUUUCUCGCAUUUCUCAGGUUCUGGAUAGAAGGAAUGGUAGUAAGGUAUAUCUGCCUAUAUAUCCGGCAUCAUUCGCAGUCAAAAUACAGUCUGUUCCAAACAGGACCAGGGAAAAACAUUUUAUGUGGAACUCACAUUCUUCGCGAGCGCCAGCGGUGGCCUAGGGAACAACUGUGCUCUUUUGAACCCCUUGCGCGGACUGCUAGUUCUGGAGCGACAUGCAUAUUGCCAGGACCAGAUGCCCGCAAAGGCGGUCCGACUGGCCAAGUUUCUUCCUCUACCCAUGCGGUCGCGAUACGGCCACCGUUGCGUGACGCGCAUCAACCCAAUUUCUGCCUGAACGAAGUUGGAACUGAUUGCAGGCUUUGUGUGGGAGUGACGGUUGCUGAUAGGGGCGCUUGGGUCCUGCGCGGUCGCCUCGUUUAG